AUGAACGCUGCAACAUUGAUCGCUGUCGUCGGGAUCGUGAUAGCUACUGGCACUGCCAUAACCGUCACCGACCCUCCACCUUCCGAGAGUCCUUUCGUGCCAGGGGUAUUCAUCGCUGCUGAUGCCCUAAAGAACUUACAAGAUCCUGGAAAAUCCAACAAUAAUGGAGCCGAAAACUAUCCGAAUAACUCUAAAAACAAGGAUCAGAUAUCGAGCUCCCCAAACAUGAAUGUCCCUGAACAAUCAAAUUAUCAACAGAUGCCAGGUCAACAAAUGCCAGGUCAACAAAUGCCAGGUCAACAAAUGCUAGGUCAACCAAUGGGAAAUCAAUUGUUUAUGCCUGCUGAUCAACGAUUACCCAAUCAACAGUUAGGUUACCCUAACCAACCGUCAGCGUUCCUAAAUCAGCGAGGUUUCCCAAACCAACCUAUGUUUAACCAGCCCCAGUUGUAUGGCAAUCCACAAGGAAUGCUGUUAAUGAACCAGCAACCCGGUUUUGGUCAGCAAAAUGGAGGUCCACAAGGCAUUUUACUCAACAACCCAUCAUUUCAACAGCCAAUGCUAUUAAAUCAGCAACCGGGAUACCAAAACCCGCAAGGAGCUAUGUUUAAUCAACAACCUUACAACCAGCAACCUAUGUUGGGGUCAAUGCAGCAACCGAGUGGGCCUCUACUUUUCCCAAAUGCACAAAUAACUCAACCGAACAUGGUUGGUAAUCCCAAUUUAGUUGGACAACCGACUUUGAUCGCAAAUAAUCCUGGUAAUGGUGCCUUAUACGCGAAUCCAGGUCAGAGUCAAGGCAAUUUGUAUGCUAUGAUUCCUGUUAAUGCUCAAAACACUAUGGCAAAUCCUAACUUGGGAAAUAACAACGCGUAUUUCGUACCAGUUCAACAAAUGCCCGGGAAUAUGAAUUUGUUACGAGACACCGCUGAUGAGAAAAAAUAG